AUGAACGGGAUUUUUGCAAUUGACAAACCUAGUGGGAUCAGCUCCAACCAAUUCAUGAUGAAGCUGCAGCAUGCACUCACCAACAGCCAUGUAUUUUCGAAAGAAAUACAGAGAGCUACCGCAGAGAGGAUCAAGCAGUAUCAGGAACAAACAGGUAAGAAAGCCAGCAAGCGGAAACUCCGCAAAGUGUCCAAAGUGAAGAUGGGUCAUGGGGGAACGUUGGAUCCGUUAGCUUCCGGCGUGUUGGUGAUCGGAAUCGGCACGGGAACGAAAAAGCUCAGCGAAUAUCUAUCCGGGACGGUUAAAGAGUACGAAACGGAGGCCCUGUUUGGGACUUCGACCACUUCAGGCGAUGUGGAGGGCGAGAUUUUAUCGCAGAACUCGGUGAAGCAGCUGGAUUUCAAUGAACUGAAAACAGUGGAGGAGAAGUUCAAGGGAGCGCUUAAACAGACUCCGCCUAUAUUUGCGGCACUUAAAAUGGACGGUAAACCGCUGUAUGAGUACGCCAGAGAGGGUAAGCCUCUUCCUCGUGCGAUUGAGCCAAGGCAAGUGACCGUGUAUGAUCUCAAAAUACUGCCUGAUUCGCUCUCUAGGAGUCACAGCUACCCGCUGUUAAGGCCCAUCAGCGGGCAAACCAGGGAGAUGGUCCAGCGUUUGAACAAUGGCCUGUUGAAUGAUCCGCUGUACUUCUCAAAAGAAUAUUGCACGAAGCAGGACUGGGAGAACGAAAGUGUGGAUAUCAAGGCAAGGGACCUAACGGAGGAGGAGUCGAAGCAGAUUGAAAUUCAAGGGGACGAUUAUCGGGCGCCUCUGCUGCAUUUUAAGGCAAAAGUCUCGUCAGGUACAUACAUACGUUCCCUUGUGAACGACAUCGGUAAAAGCAUGCAAAGCUCUUCCUACAUGGUCAAGCUGAUUCGAUUGGCUCAAAAGGAUUGGUCCUUAGAAAAGCAGAACGUUUUCAAAUUAGAGGAUUUCACUGAACGGGAUGAAAAGGUUUGGAGUAAAGUAUUACAGGAGGUUCUAGAAAAAGGUCCCAAAGUAAAUGUUAUUGAAGCGCUUGUGCAAGCAGAGGAGGAAUUCAAAAAAGAGCAGAAAAUCAUGGCCCAAUCGGCGGCUCAGCAGGCAGAACAGCAAGACGUUGGACAGACUGACGAACCUGUGGCUCCAAAGACCGAGCUAGGUACUAGAAAGAGAAAACUAGACGAGUAA